AUGGAUGUCCUAAAGCAGGUGUCUGUUGGUGAUUUUCUACAUGUAAAUGUUUAUACAAGCGCAAAUAAAAAGAAGAUUUCUUUUUAUGUAUGUAAAGCUUUGUCUGAUAUUGAUGAAGACGGUGAAGUUAAAGUUGUGUUCCUCCGAGCUGUGACUAAGGAUGCAAAAAGAUUUCGAAUAGAGGAAACGGAUAUCAGCUACGUUGAUUAUGAAGACAUUAUAACUAUCUUACCAACUCCUGCAAUUGUAAAAAGAGGACACCGAAUUUACUACGAAUUUAAGACUGCAAUCAAUAUUUUCGAAAAAUAA